CCCCGCCCACGUUGGUGCUGAGCACGGUGCACGGAUCAGCGAGUGGGCGAAGCCAGUGCAGCCACAAGCCCCGGGGAACCCGAGCGGUCACUGUGCGCUUGCGCAACGCCGGGUCCGCCCGCCCGCCCACCGCUCCAGGCUCCAGGCUCCAGGCUCCACCCCUCCCAUUGUCGUUGCCAGGGCGUCCGCGCGUGCUGGUGUUACCCAGAAGGCGGCGCGACGACGGCAGCAGCGGUAGCGGCGGCGGCCCGGGUUUGUGAGGCGCUUGGUGGAUCGUCGAGUUUGGUGGCGGAGCAGCAGCAGCGAUUGAGGCAGCGGCAGAGGCAGACACAGUGACAUGCCCCCCAAGAAAACGUCCAGCCAGCCCAGCAAGAAGACCGAGCAGAAGAAGAAGGAGAAGGUUAUAGAGGACAAGACUUUUGGUCUGAAGAACAAGAAAGGAGCAAAACAACAGAAAUUCAUCAAAACUGUCACAAAUCAAGUCAAGCAUGGGCAAACUGGUGGAAAACAGAUACCUUUUGGUGAUGAAAAGAAAUCUAAGAAGGAUGAUAAAAAGAAAGAGCUCCAAGAGCUUAAUGAACUUUUUAAACCAGUCGUAGUUGCUCAGAAGAUCAGCAAAGGAGCAGAUCCCAAAUCUGUGGUCUGUGCAUUUUUCAAACAAGGUCAAUGUACCAAAGGUGACAAAUGCAAGUUUUCACAUGACCUGACUCUUGAAAGAAAGAGUGAAAAGCGCAGUAUAUAUGUAGAUGCCAGAGAUGAAGAGCUUGAAAAGGACACAAUGGAUAAUUGGGAUGUGAAAAAACUGGAAGAAGUAGUCCAAAAAAAACAUGGUGAGGCAGAACAGAAGAAAACUUCAAUAGUAUGCAAACACUUUCUUGAAGCCAUAGAGAAUAACAAGUACGGCUGGUUCUGGAUUUGUCCUGGAGGAGGAGACAGCUGUAUGUACCGUCAUGCCUUGCCACCGGGCUUUGUAUUGAAGAAAAACCAGAAGAAAGAAAUAAAAGAGGAAAUUUCAUUAGAAGAUUUAAUAGAAAAAGAGAGAGCAGCCUUGGGACCAGAAGUAACUAGAAUCACUCUUGAAACCUUCUUGGAAUGGAAGAAAAGGAAAAGACUUGAGAAAAUUGAAAAAUCUCGGCAAGACCUAGAAAAGAGGAAAGCAGAUUUCAAUGCUGGCAAAGCUUUUGGUGUGAGUGGACGUGAAGUCUUCGAAUUCCGACCUGAAUUGAUUAGUGCCGAUGAUGAUGAAGCAGAUGACACUCAGUAUUCUCAGGAGCAAAGUGAAGAGGUCGAAGAGGCAACACAGAUCAGUGACAUUGAUGUUUCCCGAUUUGUGCCAAUAGAGAUAGAUAAGACUGGCAUUACAGUUUCAACUGGCUUUGACCGGAAGGGGGAAACUCAUUCUGCAAGUUUACCCAAAGAAAUGUCAAAUGAUGCAGACGAAAAUAAACUAGAUGAGGCCUCAGGAGGAGUUGAUAAUGUAAAACAUGGUCAGCUGGAUGGAGAAUUAGCAGAUGGUCAUAUUGAUGGUGUCCCAGUAGAUGAAAAUCUCUUUACUGGAGAAGAUCUUGAUGAGCUAGAAGACGAGUUAGACGACUUGGAGCUGGAAGAUUAAGAAACAUGGAGAUAAAGCAUGUUGAAUAUAGACUUGGAGAUUCAAAAGACUUCAUGUUAAAGAAAUCAGUCAGAUGUUUAUUUAAUGUUUGAUCCCAUAGACCUCUCCUGUGCUGCUUAUGAAACAUGCAGAAGUAUGGUAUAUAUUGGCCUUCGCCAUGGUUGUAAUGUUGCCCUGUAAACCAGCAGUAGUGGAAAUCUACCUUUCAAAAUUGUCCAAAAUUUGAGUAUACAGAUAUUCUCUGACAUUGUCAACUGUGAUGAUGAAAGUCAAUAUUGCCAAAUUUUGCGCGAGUUGCAAAUAUUAAAAUAAUGCAAAUGAUGAUCUAUUUAAAGAAUAAUAACAAUAUCCCCUUUAAACUGUGCUUGAACUCAUUUUGGACAAGAGAGAUGUAGAACCAUCUGAACAUAAGAUAUGAAACUGCAUACUUAAAAGGAGAGUGAAAUGAAGUUAUCCAUUCUGAUUUAAAUUAUUCUAUAGAUCAUUACAUGGAGAACAGUGAUUCAGGCUAUUGUAAUGCCAAUUGUCACAGAACAGUGUAUCAAGCACCACUGCCGAACCAAUAGUUUACAAAUUCAUCAAGAUACAAAAUAUAAAAAUUGGCAGUGUUACAUACUGAACAGCUUGAAAUGAAUGAUGCAAGUGUCUAAUAUUUUAAAAUUUCCUUACCAUUCAUGUCUGUGUAGGUUGUAAAUAAAGUGUAUUUGAAGAAAAAA